UGCUGGAUGGUGGUUCCUGGGCCCUCAUGCCCCCUAGCACACACGUGCUUCGCUGCUUCUCUGAGGGUGACACCCUUACUCAUUCUGACAAACAGCUGAAGAGAAACCUCUCGUUUGUUUGGAAGGCUCCAGAUGCACCCAUUGGAGAUGUAAAAUUCUAUAUCACAGUGGUGCAGUCUUACUUUGUAUACUGGGCGGGAAUUGAGUCUAAAGUGGUGCGUGAUGGGAGCCGUAGUCCUUGGAAUGGAAGUAGCAUCACAGGAAUGGACGGAGGGAAUUUAAAUUUUGCACAGCAGGAAGAAGAAGUUACUACUCUGCCAGCUCUCCAAGUCCAUGGAACAUCAAACAACCAAACAAAUGAGACAACCAGCCCUGCUACUACCCUAUGGCCCCCACAUUAA